AUGUUCAGCAAGUAUCCAAUGAUUGAGGUCGAAGAAGCGAGAAAUAUUGUGAAAUCGCAGUGCGAAAAUAAGAAAAUCGAAAGAAUUGAGUUGAUUCAAGGACUAAAUAGGGUGCUAGCUGAAGAUAUAGUUGCAAAGAAACCUUUUCCAGAGUUCAGAGCAAGCACAAUGGAUGGGUAUGCAGUGAAAGUGCAGGAUUGUCCUGGAAAUUUGCAGAUAGAUGGAUCUAUAAGAGCAGGGGAGGCUUCAAAUGAAUUAGAAACCGGACAUGCUAAAUAUAUUACGACGGGAGCACCGCUCCCUAAAGGUGCAGAUGCCGUUAUCCCCAUAGAAGAAGUCAAGAUUGAAAACGACACUUUAACUGUUCCACAAGCCAAACUUGGCCAAUGAAUUAGAGAAAUAGGAAGUGACAUAGAAGAAGGACAAAUCGUUAUUUCGAAGAACAAUGUUUUAGGUGCUGCAGAAAUUGCGCUACUAGCGUCUUUAAAUGUAAGAGAAAUAUCUGCUAUAGCAAAAAUUAAAAUAGGUAUUUUGUCAACUGGCAAUGAGCUCAAAACCUUAGGCGAAGAAACGAAAUAUGGAGAAAUUAUUGAUAGCAACAGUAUCAUGAUUAAUAUGCUGUGCCAAGAAGCUGGAUGUGAAGUAAAAAAUUAUGGAAUUGUAAAAGAUGACCUGGAUUUAGUAAAAAACACUUUGAUUACUAUGAGCGAGGAAUGCGAAAUUAUUAUCACAAGCGGAGGUGUAAGCAUGGGCGAUCGAGAUUUCGUUAAGCCAAUCCUUGAACAAGAAGGACAAGUAUUUUUUGGCAGAUUGAAUAUGAAGCCUGGGAAACCCACAACAUUUGCAAAACUUAAUAAUGCCUUGGCCUUUGCCCUUCCUGGAAAUCCUGUCUCAUGCUUUGUUUGCUUCUACUUGCUAGUAAGAUACGCAAUUGAUCUAAUUUCUUCCAAGCCAGAGUUUCCUAUCAUCACAGUCAAUUUGGGAUCACAAGAAAUAAAGCUUGACAGCAGGCCAGAAUAUCAUAGAGUAAUUGUCGCUUGGGAUGGCUCAGAAUUCAAAGCUGUCACAACUGGGUCCCAAGCCUCUUCCAGACUUUUAAGCGCAUCUAAAGCAAAUGCUUUAUUGAUGCUGCCCAAAUCUUCGCCAUCACUUUCAUCUAUUUCAGGCAAAGUCCAAGCUAUUUUAGUUAAGCCCUUCUCCAAUAUCCAGCCUGAAAUGAAAGCUGCUCGCAUUUCAACACAGCAUCAUGAGUGUCCACAUUUUGCUCCGAGAAAUGACAGUGUAAAAAUAGGGAUUUUAACUAUAAGUGAUAGGGUUUCUGAAGGAGUAGCUACAGAUACCAGUGGAGUAAUUUUUAUUUAGCCACAUUUAAUUGAAAAAUCAAAGGAACUGUUUAAUGGAUGCUGCACAUUUUAUCAGAUUGUCCCUGAUGAAAUAGAGAGAAUAAGAGACGCAUUAUUAGAAUGAUGCAAUGAAGGAUUCGAAUUAAUUUUUACAACUGGAGGGACUGGAUUUUCUGAAAGAGAUGUCACCCCUGAAGCGACGAAAAUGGUUAUUGAAAGAGAAGCACCUGGAAUUUCGACACAGCUGAUUGUAGAAGGGCUUGCUAAAACACCGCUGGCGUCACUUUCAAGAGGAGUUGCAGGAAUAAAAGGGAGGAGCUUGAUUAUAAACUUGCCUGGAAGCUUGAAAGCAGUCAAAGAAGGCUUUGAAAUUCUUUCACAAGUGAUUCCUCAUGCAAUAUCAAUUUUAAGAACAUAA